AUGCCACCAUCCACAGUCUUCUCCUACUGGCGUCGUGAACAUCGUCGCUCAAGUGCACCUCCCAUCGCAUCGUCCGGACAGGCCUCGUCAAGAGGCAAAAGCAACGGCAACCCUCCUCAGCUCCCGGUUAUUCAACACACGCCGAUUCUUGCGACGACGAUCGAGGAAUCAUCUCCGUACCCCGAUGCGCUGACUCCCCUUACUUCGAGCGAAUACUCGCCUGCAGAUGGCGAUACUGAUAAGGGACAUGGUGUGGGUUCUACAGUCUCGACCGAUUGGCCGUCAUCUGCUGCGACCAACCUGGCAGUACCGUCCUCUACUUCGGACAAGCAAGCGCGGCCUCAAUCCAGUCCGGAAGGCCGUGAAAAGAACUUGGUUCUGAUUGCUCAGCCAAACUCAUCGCAAGUGUCCAUUACGGCUUCCCGUCCCGAGUAUGGCGAUAGUGAUUCCUCGAAGCCGAACUCGCCUUUUCGGCUGUCCUUCGGUAAAGGACUGCUGAACUCUCAGAAUCAAUCCUUCGACGCCAAUAUUAAGCGAUCUCCGACGCCCGUGUUGACAUCUACCGUUGACAAAUCGAAUACAAUGCACAAGGAGUACAGGCCGGAAGGCUCGAGUUACCGUCGUCAAACGGACCGGGACUCGUCUGCGGAACAUACCUCGCAUAAAUCUGGGAAGGCAAUGCUUCACCUCCUCAACCCGAUGUCUCUGCUGGCCCGGCGGCGCUCGUCACAGUUGGCCGGCCUCCGAGCGGAGGACAUCAGCAUCGGAGCUCGAAACGUGGUCCCCGCGAUACCCGAUGAUUAUGAUCCUAGGAUACGUGGAAACAUCGUGCACGACUUCUCUGCCCCUCGUCCGCGCCGGAAUUUUUCCACAGCCCCAGUGCUCUUACAAGAUGCUGCAAGUCAGUAUAAUCCAUACAGUACUCCGCAGACUGAGAACGUGUCUCAUCCGCAUGGGAAGGAUGCAGUAGUUCAAUCAAGCGAGCACAGGAGGAAACACAGUGAAUACUCCCCAGUUUUCAAGGAGCACUUCGAGGACGAUCAGAAUGUGCUACAGGUUGACAACAAAGCCUAUUUACAGUCGUCUCUUCUCACAAACCCGUCUCUUCGUAGCGAUGAUCGAUCGGUCCCUGUAUUUGCAAGGCGACUCCCGUCGCGACUACCUGAUCAUGAGGAGCACCCUGAGGAAUCCAUCCCUCACCAGUCCGAGCCCCGAGCAGAACCGCCAAGCAAAGAACAACCAGCGGUCCAGCAAGAUUCAGAUACAAUUGAAAUAAUACCCCAUCAGCCUUCUGGCCUGCCGAAACAUUUCAAAAGCAAUGCAUCCCGAUUCAGCUUUGACAUGAACGGAGUUGAAUCGUCAGCACAGGAGAAGCUUCUGGAAGAAAAGCACAAGGAGAAAGAGGCGGCUCGCAGGGCCAAGGCACAGCUCGAAGAUAGGGAAUACAGUGACGUCGACGACGCUUAUGAUAAUGACCUUUUGGAUGACAUUGACGGCUUGGAAGAAAGGAUUCCUGGGGUCAACACCGACGCCGAAGAAGAUGAGUUCAGUGGAUUCUCCGGCCCCGGGGCCGCAUUGACUACCUCAUGGUAUGCGCCUGGCCUUUCACCAGUCGUCGCGAGCCCCAUCAGCGCCCCGGGUUUUGGUCCGGCAGUCGAUUUUAAUCUACAGUCGGAUCAAGGCGGCGCUCCUCAGUUAUCAGACCUUUCUGUCACCGAAGACAAAGUCGCUUCGUUUCCCCCGACGACAUCCCUUUCAGAAUCGGCAGCGGUAGGAUGCUCAAUGCAUACGGGAACUCGUUCUUCUACGUCGCAGCUAACUGAAGAGGACGACGACUUGUACUUUGACGACGGGGAAUUUGGCGACCUGGCUGCUGAUGUAGGCGGCAAGACAUUUGACGAAUCGAUUUUCGAUGACGAAUCCAGUCACUUGUAUGCUCACAAGACGGCGGCUGUACAGGCUGUGCCGGCUGAUCCAGCCACAACGGACCAGACGGAAGACAAGUCUAGAUCAAAAGAAGCACCUGAAUCCCAUAGCCUGAGUCCCGAGCUAGAUCAGAAAGAUGGUCUUAAGCACGCACCGAGCGUUGCUAGUGAUUUCCGAGACCGAACAGGUGCCAGAUAUGGUGGACUUGACACUGAAAUGACUCAUAACCUAACAACAACAACAACAGAAUCUCAUGGAGGGGUCUUAUCCGAACAUAACCUUGAGGUCUUGCACAACGCGCUGGAGAAGGCUGCCAAUGAGACAGCCGACAUGGACAGAUUCAAGCGUACCACAAGCGCGAGCGAGAGCUCCCUGGGCCAGGACAGCGUUGCCAGAACGAACCAGACUAUGGACUCCUAUUCAGGGCUCGUCUCAGACGACAGCCGUCUGAGCCAAGCUGUGGAUGCAAUGGGCUUUGAAGAGGUAUUUGACGAUUUCAACUACGACGACGAUGAUGCCUUUUACGAUGAUCCUAUCAUCGCUGCUGCCAAUGCUGAGGCGCUGGAAAACGACGACGAAGGUUUCUAUGGGCAAGAGUUUGGGUUUUACGCCCAGGCUCAUGGGGUGUACAGCUCAGAACUUACCAACGGGGGAUACUUUGGUCCGCGUGGCAUCGAAGGCAUUUCGCGUAACCACAGCAGCCGAGGCAAAUUCAGAGAACCCAGUUUGACUCCUAUCACUGAACGAAGUGAAUGGAGCACGCGGAACUCGGUCAUUUCAUUGACAGCGCACGGGACGGCUCACUCCAAUCCCGCCCUCUCUGGUCCAGGACUGGCGCAACUUGUUGAUAUGGGUACCAUGGACGACGAGCUGUCCCUGAGCGCCCUGUUGAAACUGCGGCGCGGUGCCUGGGGUGGCAGUAAUGGAAGUCUUCGUAGCAGCAGCGGAAGCCCACCACCUCACCAUCACUCAUCGUCGAAUCGCGCGAGCUUCACGGCCUUUUCUGAUGUGAGCCCGACUGUAUAUACGGUUCCUCCGGAUUACCUCUUUGGAGGACCAAGCGCGGCUGAAUCGCCGAUCAUAAGACCAACAAAUGGAGAUGUUCCCCAACGAAUGGACCAGUCGGUAUUUGGAGGAGCGGACUCGCAAAUGAAUCCUGAAGAAGCUGUCCCCAGAUGA